AUGGAGGUGGUAUCGGGGGGCACAGGGACAGGAGGGAUGAACUGCCCUACAGCCAUCUUCAGACCAUUUGUAGAUAAGGCCUUGAAACAGAUGGGGCUGAGGAAACUGAUCCUGAGACUACACAAGCUGAUGGACCCCUCCCUCCAGAGGUCCCGGGCAGCCCUGCUCAGCCACACGCCUGCACAGGAGUUCACGGACUUCCCAGACCCCAUGCUGUACAGUGACUACCUACCGGAGCUGUCCCGCCACCUGUCCUCCUGCAGCACUCCCGGGGGCCCGGAGCUGGGGGCGGACCAAGUUUCCUGGGAGGAGCUGUUGGACAUGGACCUGCCCUCAUUCCGACCUGCCUUCCUGGUCCUGUGCCGCGUCCUGCUGAACGUGAUACACGAGUGCCUUAAGCUGAGACUGGAACAGAGGCCUGCAGGGGAGCCAUCACUGCUCAGCAUCAAACAGUUGGUGCGUGAAUGUAAGGAGGUGUUGAAAGGUGGUCUCCUGAUGAAGCAGUAUUACCAGUACAUGCUGAGGGGGGUGGUAACAGACCCCCAGGGACUCCAGACCAAUGCCAACAUAGACGAAUUCGAGGAGGACCUCCACAAAAUGCUGGUGGUGUACUUUGACUACAUGCACAGCUGGAUCCAGAUGCUGCAGCAGCUUCCCCAGGCCUCACACAGCCUGAAGAACCUUCUAGAGGAGGAGUGGAACUUCUCUAAGGUCAUCACUCCCUACAUCAGACGAGGGGAGGCUCAGUCUGGGAAACUCUUCUGUGACAUUGCUGGGAUGCUGCUCAAGUCCACAGGGGACUUCCUGGACACGGGCCUGCAGAAGAGUGGUGAUGAAUUCUGGAAAAGUGCCGAUGACAGUACAGUCUCAGAUGAGAUCCGCCGGUCGGUAAUUGAGACGAGCCGGUCACUUAAGGAGCUGUUCCACGAGGCUAGAGAGAGGGCAUCCAAAGCUCUGGGAUUUGCCAAAAUGCUCCGUAAGGACCUGGAGAUUGCUGCUGAUUUCAGCAUUACCAGUGGGGUGCCAUGCCUCCUGGAGGCCCUCAAGGAGAGAAAUUAUGUCAAGGUCCAGAUCCCAGGGCUGGAGGAGCUGGAGGUGUUUGUCCCAUGUGCCCUGAUGCACCAGCGUGACCUCAUCCUGCAGCUUCUAAACGCAGCAGCCGGUAAGGAUUGCAGUAAGGAGCCCGACGAGAUGAUGGCAGAGGACGAGGCCUACCUGCUGAUGAGCAAGCAUGGAGCAGGGGACCCGCCUGGGGGGGCAGGCCAGGCCGGGGUUCAGUGGCACUGGGACGGGAAGCUGGUCAAACUGGUGCCUCAGAUGGAGACUGUGGACACGCUACGGGCCAUGAAGGUGGAGAACCUGCUCCUGAUAGUGAUGCAGUCAGCCCACCUUGUGGCCCAGCGUAAGGCCUUCCAGCAAAGUAUGGACGAGCUGCUCACCCUAAGCAGGGAGCAAACCUCCAGCCAGCCCCUCAUCGCCCGCUCCCUGGAGCAACUCAAGAACGAAGCCUUACAGCUCUGUAGAAAGAUCAACACGGCCAUUGACCGGGUGGAGUUCAUGUUCACGUCAGAGUUUGAGGCCGAGGUGGAGGAAUCUGAAUCAGCCACGCUGCAGCAGUACUACAGAGAGGCCAUGAUCCAGGGAUACAACUUCGCCUUCGAGUACCACAAGGAGGUGGUGCGUCUGAUGUCGGGGGAGUUCCGUCAGCGGAUUGGGGAAUGCUAUAUCGCCUUCGCCAGGAAGUGGAUGAAUUACGUCCUCACCAAGUGUGAAAGUGGCCGGGGAACCAGACCCCGCUGGGCCACUCAAGGCUUUGAUUUCCUCCAAGCCAUUGAACCUGCCUUCAUCUCUGCUUUACCAGAGGACGACUUCCUGAAUUUGCAGGCUCUGAUGAAUGAGUGCAUUGGUCAUGUGAUCGGGAAGCCUCACAGCCCAGUCAGUGGCUUGUACCUAGCCCCCAGGAACAGUCCUCGACCAGUGAAGGUCCCUCGUUGCCAUAGCGACCCCCCCAACCCCCACCUGUUCAUCCCCAAUGCAGAGGGCUUCAGCUCUAGGAGUCUCCCCUGCGACCUACGGACCCAGCUGUGUCUACCUACCGGCCCCCGCCCAGUCCCCGCCCCUCAGGCCCCAGGCCCUGCCCCCGGGGAACACUGCCCAUCCAAAGCACCUGGGUCCACCCCCAAUGAUGUCAGAGGGGCCAACCUCCACGAGAACGACAGGCUGUCGUCUGUAGCGGCCGAGCUGCAGUUCAAGUCUCUGAGCCGACACUCCAGUCCCACUGAUGACAGGGAAGAACCCUCCUAUCCUAAGGGAGGAGACCCCAGCAGCACGGCCAGGAGAAGCUGGGAGCUCCGCACCUUCAUCAGUCAAUCAAAAGACACGGCAGCCAGGCAGAGCCCCAUGGAAGCUGUACGUCGCUCCAUAUGCUCCUUCGAGGACAACCGCUACGCGGUCAUGAAGCAGAGGAACAUCAUUGGCCAGGUGUGCCACACCCCCAAGUCUUACGACAACGUCAUAAACGUCGGCCUCCGCAAGGUCACCUUCAAGUGGCAGAGGGGCAACAAGAUAGGCGAGGGCCAGUAUGGCAAGGUGUACACCUGCAUCAAUGUGGAUACUGGAGAACUGAUGGCUAUGAAGGAGAUCCGGUUCCAGCCGAAUGACCAUAAGACGAUAAAGGAGACGGCAGAUGAGUUGAAGAUCUUUGAGGGCAUCAAACACCCCAACCUGGUCCGCUACUUUGGUGUUGAGCUGCAUCGGGAGGAGAUGUACAUCUUCAUGGAGUACUGUGAUGAGGGGACCCUGGAGGAGGUGUCCAGGCUUGGCCUACAGGAACACGUCAUCAGGCUGUACAGCAAACAGACCACCACGGCCAUCAACGUGCUCCACGAACACGGCAUUGUGCACCGAGACAUCAAGGGAGCCAACAUCUUCCUGACGUCGUCCGGCCUGAUCAAGCUGGGGGACUUUGGCUGCUCUGUGAAGCUGAACAACGCACAGACCAUGCCCGGAGAGGUUAACAGCACCAUGGGCACGGCAGCAUAUAUGGCACCUGAGGUCAUUACCAGGGCAAAGGGCGAAGGCCACGGACGAGCAGCUGACAUCUGGAGUCUGGGAUGUGUUCUCAUAGAGAUGGUGACUGGAAAAAGGCCGUGGCACGAGUACGAGCAUAACUUUCAGAUCAUGUACAAGGUGGGUAUGGGCCACAAGCCCCCCAUCCCAGAGAAGCUGUCCACAGAGGGGAAGGAUUUCCUGGGUCACUGUCUGGAGAGCGAGCCCAAACAACGCUGGACUGCCAGUACACUGCUAGACCACCCAUUCGUCAAGGUUUGCACAGAUGAAGAGUGAGGGGGAAUGGACCCUGUGGCUGUCACGUUUAAACUAUAGCACUACUGUACAUGUUGGCCAGAGACUGGACACAGCCAGAUAGAGGGGCUUUGGACACGAGGGGCUUGUGAACAUAGGAAACAGGAAAUGAUAACUGCAGGCACAUGGAGCUAAACUGAGGAACUCUUAUGACAUCAUUUCAGAUGGAUCACCUGGGUCGUGUUCAAUUAGAACAGCUUGUUUUAGUUUUGUCUUCAAAAUUGUUUUGGCUAUGUUGUGUCCUAAUGAACAUGACCCUGUAGUCGGGUGACAGGUCUUGCAUUUUCUGGAAGGGGAUUGUAUUGCAUUGUACAUACUAUAAUAAUAGGAUUGGUUCAUUGGAUCCUUCCUUGUAUAAACAAUAUUGUAAAGCUUGAGUAAUAAAUAUAGCCACAUCUUGUUGUUCUCUCACUGGUGAAGAUAAGAGAGAAGACAUUUUAAAGAAAUGGGGGGGAAAUAAAGCUAUGUCACUUUUUUUUACUGUUCCCCUUUCAGUGAGUAUGAGUAGGGGACAAGUAAGGGACGGAAUUCAGAUAUCUGGGUCUCGUUCAGUACACAUGUUGUGGAACAUUGCAGCUAGAAAUGUCGAGGCAUGUUUGUUCUACAAUGUUGUGCCCUUCUGAAUUUGCCCCAGGUUUGGUCGAGGCAGAUAUUGUCUUGCCUUUCCUUGUUUGAUGAGGUGAGCUUCAUUGCACAGAAGCAGGGGAUGCUGCAACUGUAAGAAACUAUUUCCAUGCAAAUUAACACUCAAAGGCUGUAGAGAGCCCAGGAAGGAAAAAACAUUUUAUUUUAAAAUAUUUUUUUGUAAGGAGGAUUCCAAUGGUAACGUGGGGCUUAAGCCUAUAGUGCAUCCCAAAUGGCACCCUAUUCACUAUAGUGCACUAUUAUGGUUCUGGUAAAUAGUAGUGCACUAUAUAGGGAAUAGUGUGCCAUUUGGGUGCAGGGAUGUGGGCAGGAUUCUAUAGGCUUCAGGCAUGGAUUGAUGGUCAGUUAGACAGGUGUGCCCUGAUUGGACAGCUGGCGCAUAUCCAACCAAUGAGAGAAGACAAAGUUGUGCGCUCACUCCUUGCUGCUGAGAACACAUACAUUCUGGUCCUCUGCUGCUCUGUUUGCUAUGUACAAACGAUAUUAAUAAAUCUUUUUUUAAUAAA